GCGACGAGUGUCGCGCGCCGAGCCCACCUAGCCGCGCUCAGCUGAACGACAGCGGCCGAACGGCUCAUCCACGAGCGCGCCGAGGCCACGCCAGCGAGCUUCCCGGAGCAGCGGCCCCGUCGAGUGUGCGUGUCGACCGACCAUCGUCGUCGUCAACCGGCGGCGCGACCUGCUGCCGCAUCGCUCUCGCACCGACCACUUCACGACCAAGACAUGGCAGAAGGGAACGGGGAAAUAAAGGCGGAGGACAAACAGUCCAAAGAAGACAUGGAGUAUGUUGAGCGAACAGAAGACUAUUCCAAGCUCAUAACAUACGGGCUCAAUGAGAAAGUGGCUGGCAAGCUGGAUGAGAUUUAUAAGACUGGAAAACUAGCUCAUGUGGACUUGGAUGAGAGAGCACUCGAUGCACUAAAGGAAUUCCCCGUUGAUGGAGCACUCAACGUACUCACACAGUUCCUUGAGUCAAACUUGGAACAUGUGUCCAACAAAUCAGCCUACCUCUGUGGAGUCAUGAAGACCUACAGGCAAAAAAGUCGUGCUGGUCAGGGAACAACUAGUACAAGCACAACACCUAAAGCACCUGAUGAAGAUAAAAUCAAGAUGAUACUGGAAAGAACUGGCUAUCCGCUGGAUGUCACAACUGGACAAAGAAAGUAUGGAGGUCCACCUCCAAACUGGGAAGGUCCAACGCCUGGCACUGGUUGUGAAGUAUUCUGUGGCAAAAUCCCCAAGGAUAUGUAUGAAGAUGAGUUGAUACCUCUGUUUGAAAAGUGUGGAAAAAUCUGGGACCUCAGGUUAAUGAUGGAUCCCAUGACUGGUACAAACAGGGGAUAUGCCUUUAUAACAUUUACAAACAGGGAUGCUGCGCAACAAGCUGUCAGAGACCUCGAUAAUUACGAAAUAAAACCCGGCAAGAAUCUGAAAGUAAACAUUAGUGUUCCUAAUCUACGACUUUUCGUGGGGAACAUACCAAAGUCAAAAGGCAAAGAGGAGAUCUUGGACGAGUUUGGUAAAUUAACAGCCGGCCUGACGGAGGUGAUAAUCUACAGUUCGCCCGACGAUAAGAAAAAGAACCGUGGCUUCUGCUUUCUGGAGUACGAGUCUCACAAAGCGGCAUCGCUCGCUAAGAGGAGGCUCGGUACUGGCCGCAUGAAAGUUUGGGGCUGCGACAUUAUCGUUGAUUGGGCCGAUCCCCAAGAAGAACCUGAUGAACAAACCAUGUCCAAAGUACGUGUUCUGUAUGUGCGAAAUUUGACGCAAGACUGUUCCGAGGAGAAAUUAAAGGAAGUCUUUGAACAGUACGGCAAGAUCGAGAGGGUGAAAAAGAUUAAAGACUACGCUUUUGUACAUUUCGAAGACAGAGAUUGUGCUGUCAAGGCAAUGCGUGAAUUGAACAACCGAGAAAUUUCGGGUUCUCACAUAGAAGUGUCACUGGCGAAACCACCAUCAGACAAGAAAAAGAAGGAGGAGAUGCUCCGCGCACGGGAGCGCAGAAUGAUGCAAAUGAUGCAGAUGAUGCAAACCCGUGGCGGAUACGACAAUGCACUUGGAUCUCCCUCUCACCCAGGCAUGAUGGCCGGACCGAUGCCAGUUCGCGGACCUGGACAAGGCCCUCGUGGCACUGGAGCAGGUAUGCGUGGACCAUUGACGCGGACUGACACCUACGCUCUCAAGGAAUUAGAUUAUGAUUACGACUAUUACGGUUACGGGGAUUAUCGAGGUGGCUACAGUGAUCCAUAUUACGAUGACUAUUAUCGAUACGAAGAUUACUAUUUCGAUUACGCGCCGCCUCCGCCACCUGCCAGAGGGAGAGGCAGGCAGCCUCAACCGGCUGGACGUGGCCGUGGAGCGGCGGUGGCACGUGGCCGGGUCGGUGGCCCCCAAGCACGUGGGCCAGUUCGGGGGGCGCGCAACCCCGCAGCUUCAGGGGCCCGUGGGGCCCAACGGCCAGCCGCUCGUGGGGGGGUGGUCCGCGCCAAGGGAAGUUUACCAGAGCAGCUGGGGGAACCAGCCCCUCGCCCAGCAGCCGCUGGGCGGCAACGCGUACGCAAUGGCGAGUGUGAACGGUGGCAGCGGUGCCUCAGGCGGUGGCGCCUCAGGUGGUGGCAGCAACAACAGCGACGCGCAGUCCGGCCAAGCCCACGGCCAGAACGAUCGCAGCGGCCAGCAUGCGGCGAACGACGACGAGUGGUAUCAGGACUCGUAUCAGUCCUGGAGCUAAGCAACAAAACACUGCUCCACGCCCAUGGAUCAAAAGCAGCGUCGAUCGGCCCCGCGCCGGGGCGAUCGACGUCCACGCCAGCGCGACGACUGCGAUCGGCUACCAUCGACCUCGUCCACCACCACCAUCAUCACGACCACUACGAUAACUACCGCUCCGUGUCUGCGUGCGUGAGUGUGUGCGAGUGUGCAUGCGUGUGCGUGUGUCUGUUGCUGCUGCUGCUGUUGCUGCUGCUGCUGCUGCUGCUGCUGCUGCUGCCGCUGCUGCUGCUGCUACUGCUGCUUCUCUGCGUACAGAGUGCCAGAUCGCGAGAUUGUUAUGUACAGAGAGAACGUGUCUUUGUUUUUCUUAUCAUCAUUUUGCGUGAGCACCGGGCGAACGAGGAAUUGAGAGAAUUUUGUUGAUUAGUUGAUGCAUAUAACAUUUACAGAGAGAAACGUACACACACCCCUACGCUGCGCGCCCUACUGCUGUGUUGUUGUGAUGAUCGUUAGUAAAUCAUGUACAGUAUGUGUGUGUAUAUGUGCGCGCGCGUGUGUGUGUAAGUAUGAGUGAGAGAGAGAGAGAGAGCGUGAGAGAGCGUGAGAGUGAGUGACAGAGUAAGAGAGUGAGAGAGUGAAAGUGAUAAUGAUAAUGUGCCACACUCUGGGACUUCGUGUAUCUCUCCCAUUGGAAGAUCGCGCGUGAUGAUUAUACAUUUGUGUGACCGCCCACCCACCCCGAAUGACAACGUUUACUAAUUAAUUAAUAAUUAUAUAUAUUUGAGAGAGAGAGAGAGAGAGAGAGAGAGAGAGAGAGAAAGAGAAAGAGAGAAAGAGGAAUUACGCUCACUAUGAGGAUUUAUCAAUAUAUUGAUGAUUAUGUGGAUGGAAUUAUUAUAAUAAUCUAUUAACUAAUUUACUAUAACGACUAUAAGUAUAAUACCACUUCUGCAUUGUCACGUUCGUUUGAGAAACAUAUAUUAUAUACUGUCAAGCGAAGAUCUUAACGUUGAUCGAUCGGAGAUAUAAUAGUAUCAUUCGGCUCACUUCACUCUCUUGGUGGAAAAUUCGUUUUAACCGAUCAUCAAUGUCGAGAAACUUGCACGAUUGGCUCGUUUAUUGCCGUUUAGCGACGAUUGACACACGAACGCUUCUUCCUCCACUUACGCCAAGUCUCUUGACCUCUUUCCCAAGUUGCAAUUGAGUAAUUUCGACGUUCGUAUAUGCGCGCCCCCAAAGAGCGACGGAGACUUGUGGCAAGGAGAUGAAAAACGGAGAGAGCGAGCAAAGUGUUUGGUCGUUGAUUUAACAUCGUCGAGAGAAACACACCGAAUUUCGCGAUAACGUCGCGCAUUUUUCGAACGCUUACUAAGUUAUUUCUUUAUUAUUAUCUUUUGGUGUUAAAGUUCUUUGAAAUUAAUUUUUUGUUCGUCGUUUCUCGGGUAAAAAAAAAAGAUAAGCGACGCGAAGCGAACUUUUCUUAAAUUUAAUCGUUGUGUUUUUAUUGUAUGUAAGCGAGCGAGAGAAAGAGAAAUGGAGAGAAAGAAGUAAGGACGAGGUAGUAGAAAAUAAAAAAUUUUAUAACGGACGGUGAUAAGGCAGACAAGACACGGGAUUCGCGCGGAAAAAACGCGGCGAGCGAAAUUCUCGCGAGAUCCAUGCAAGACUCACGUGAAUUUCGGUCGGAAGGUUAAUUGCCAGCGGCUUCGGCGAGUGUGUGCUGGAGUAUAUAGAUAUAUAUAUAUAUAUAUAUAUAUAUUUACACACACAUAUUCAUAUAUACAUGUGUGUGUAUGCGAAACAUUUUCGACACGAGAAUCCAAAAUAUUUGUACUUUGCUAUACAUCUCUUUAGAACUGUCGAAAUUUUCUCCCAAAAAGAAAGUUAGUUAAAUUUGUACAGUAGGAUAUCAGAGAAUGAAUUUCGGCGCACACUCGUCCGUAAUCAUCGCGGAAUUUCCACUUCUAAGCUAGUCCACUUUUCCGCGCGAGAAUGCGAGUUUUGCGAUAGGUUCGACAUUUAGGGCGCGAUGUGUUGUUUUCUUGUAUUUUUCUCUUUGUUUCAACAAUUAUUCAUUGAACUUGAAAAAGUUCGAGAGUUUUUAAGACACGAAGGUAGAAAAAAAUAAAGAAGACGACGACGUCAAGUUGGCGGGAGUUAAGAGAGAGCGAGUGACGAUAAGUGUGCUCCUGUGUGUAAUAACGUAUGCGUGAAGCGCGCCAAGCGCAACUAGACCUUCUAUUGUUGGUCUAUAAAUGUGUACAGUCAGUGAAACUAUUAUUAUUAAGGGUCAGGCGAUUAUGAAGUAGCGCAGAAGAAAAAAAAAGAAGUGAGAAAGCGCGAUAGAGUUUUGUGCGUUUAAACGAGAGAUUUUUAAUGAGGGAGAAAAAUAAAUAAUGCCGAAGAGUCGUGCGACGGGAGAAAAAGCGGAUUCGAUCGUAAAACGAAAUGCAAAAAUAAGGCUACGAGAAUUAAAUAAAUAAAAAGUAAAAAGUGAGAGAUAUUAACCGAGCGCGUAAGACGCGUUCGUUAAAACACGAGUUUUAGUCGUCUCUGCGAACGGUGUCUCCGCGGGGUUCGUUCGAUACUGUUUUUCUUCUUAUGUUUUUUUUAUUAAUGAAUACGUUGAAGAAUAGUGAGAAGGACAAUGGAAUGGUCGAAAGAAAAAGGGAAAGUUCUCUUCGUCGAGGUACUCGACCUUUUUCUUUUAUUUUUUGGAGUUGAUGAUCGGGCCAAGGGUUGUUGUUUUUUAUUUUGGCUGAGCUUUGGAAUGGUCGGAAAAGCCACAACAGAAGGAAAACCCACUUGUACAUUUUAAAAAAAAGUGUAAGCUUUUUUCACGCGACUGAGGAAAAAAGACUUAGAAAAGUAAGCCUCACGAGGAAAAAAAAACGCCACGCAGUACCCAAGUAACGAGACAACUCGUCUUCAAAAUUCUCCUUCCUUCAUUCAUAUUUUUUUCGGAUAUUUCUUUUUUUGGCAAGUUCAUUUUUUUUUGAUAAAUCACGCGUUAAGUUAUGUUUAUUGUAAAUUCUCGAGACGCGUUUCUUUUCGGUUAUUGAAAAAACAGUUUGUAAAGAAGGAGGAGAGAGAGAGUCGGUUGAGAUAGAGUUUCGAUAGCAAAGUAAGAAGGCAAUGGCACGACAGUGAGAAACUUUUGAAAAAGGUGCGCCAUCGAGUUUUUUUUGUAAUUUUGAAAAGAAAGUAAUAAGUAAAAUUAAAUUUAAAAUAGUGACGAGCGGUAUAGCCACGACGGCUGCCGCUCGCGUUGUUUGUAUAUGUUUUUUUGAUAUAAUUUUAACGAAAAAAAAAUCUUGUUUAUUCUAUUAGUUUUUUAAAGAAAAGUAAAAAAAGUCACUUUACACGAUCGACAUACCGAAUCGUCAUGUUUUUUUUUGAUAUGUGCAAAAAUCCUACAGACUGUAAUGAAGAAAAAACCCGUUUCAAAUUUCUCAGCCCCUGGACCUUUAAAAAGCAAUAACGAUUUCGAUGCACACCCACGUAGACGAAAAACACAAGACGCAAUAACGAAAGGAUCGGUUACGGAAAAGAGGUAGAGAAAGAGAGAGACAGAGAGAGGGAUAGAGAGAACAGUAUAGGACGGAAGCAUACUUACAAAUGGAUUAAUAUUCGGGUUCAGAAUUGCGGGAAAUAAAAAGACAGGAUUUUCAAGAUAAAAGCGACAAUGAUAGGUUACACCAAAAUAAUAAUAAUCACAGAUUGUGUGAAAAAGCACGCGUACACGCAAACAUUAAUUAUUUCACUCAUGCAUGUUGCAUCGAUUUGUUAAAAAAAAAUUUGGUCGAAAAGUUCAUUUUUCAUGUUUUAUUCUUAUUGUUGUAUGCGUCGCCAAAUUCUUUUUUGAUUCGAUGUGGCUCAUAUGAGCUUUAAGUUUGUUCCUUUCAAAGAGCAACAUUCAAAUAUUUUGAAAAGAUUGUUCGUUAGAUCGACUUUUCGAAAGUAUUGCUUGUAUUGUGGAGUGAAGUUUCCAUAUUAUAACAACAUAAUAACCCGUAACGAUCCAUAAUAAAAGAACAUAAUGAAAUACUCCAGCCAGCAAUAGAACUUUCGAACAAUCGGCUCAGUCGUAAGAGUUCCACUCCACGGAAAACUUAAAAAACUCAAGGCUCUUUGAAAAGGGGGGGGGGAAACUUAAAGCCCAACACACUACCCACAAUAGGCCGUGGAUUUAAAAAAGUAAAUCGUUUUGAAAACCCGAGCGAGCGAGCGAGCGUAAGGAAAGUGGUUUUGAGCGAGAACGAGAUUAAAAAUUAUGAAACAUACCACACAUAGCAAAACAAAAAAAUAAUAAACGACAAGAAAACAUUGAACCCGGAAUAAAAAACCGAGACAAAAACCAUGAACAGACAAAUCAACAGAAACACACACGAUACACAAGGACACACGUAUACACAUUAUUUUUGAGUGUUGAGACUCGUUGUUAUUGUUAGCCUGUUAGUUAAUUAGUAAGCAAGAGAGAAAGAGUUGUAAGUGCGGGCUGUAGUUGGUCCCUUGUCCCUGGAGAGCCCAGACGCGCCCUCCCCCUGUUCUGGAGAUUAUCUGCGUUUACUGAAGCUUCAAUUUUUAUUUCUUUCUUUUUCUAUUAAAAAUAAUUUUAUUUUUCCCUUUUUUUGUAUUCAAUCAUAUUAUCGAACGAUGGCAAAGACAUAAAUAACCAACUGCGUUGAUGAAACUUGAUUGAAUCGAAUCGUAGAAUCAUGGUGUAUACACAAAAAAAAGAGUACAAUAAAGCCAUUAGAAAUAUGAACAAUAGGCGUGGCAAGUUUUCAUUUCUUUUUUCCGUUCAUUUGGCAUAACAACGCGCACAACAUACACACAUACACACGCACGUACACUCAGUCCAUCAAUAGUUUCUUCAACUUUUUAUGCAAUAGACAACCAUCUCCAAGAGCACACGCGCACAUAGUAAUAAUAUGGUUCACUGGAUUAUCGAAACCCCCGGCAAACUAUGCUAAAAAAGCAACAACAGCACAAUAUACAAUAGUAUACCUGCAACUAAUAAAACAAACAUCAUUGGUAAACAACUUCCCUUACACCGGUAAUCACAUACAGUUUUUUCCUUAGAAGUAUGAACAGCGUUGAUUAAAACUCAAGCACAUACAGUAAACAAAAGAAAAUGUAUACAUUGUGACGACAAAAAGACCGAUUACGGAUUUUUGUUUUGUUUCUUAACAAGAGCGCGCGUUAGUAUCAGCAAAGACGCUGCAAAAAAGUAACUAAAAUUGAAAAUAAAUAUAUGACAAUAAGAUCGAUAGAGAGAGAAUAAAAAAAGAGCAAUGACAAAAAAAAAGAACCGAAACUAUGAUACGACGAUUGAAAAUAGAGAAAAAGAAUAAACAAAAUGUCUGAGAAAAAAAUCAUGAACAUUCGAAAGGGGAACACGCAAAUUGAGAGAGUCGAUGAUCUUGUUGAUGAAAAAGAUUUUAAAAAUUAGCUAUUUGAAGAGUUGCCAACUGUUAAGAUCAGAUAACGACGACCGACAAAAAGUUAAAAAAGGUGUCUGGACACGCGAUGAUCGCUGUUACUCGCGAAGCCUCUUUUUUUUAUUAUUUAUGAGCAUAUUUUGUUAAUCUUUAUUCACGUUUUUUGUACUAGGACUAAUAUUAUUUCUUCCCUCGCGGACGUCGAGCGCGCGAAAUGAAACAUUUUUUUGUAACUUUCAUAUUCUUUCCAGAACUUUUAUUACUUUUAUUGCUAUUAUUAAUUGUGACCUCUAUUAUGUUUUGUCUUUUUUUCUAAUUUUAUUAACUAUUGAAAUGGAAACGAAGUACAAGUGGAAAAAAUGACGACGCGCGUUCGACGAUCGCGUAGCUAGGUAAUCACAUUCUAGUAGUUUUUAAUGAUGAUUUUUUUUUGUAAAAGUAUAAUAUUGAGAGAGAAAGAGAAAUCCCCAACCCCCGUUUUCUUCUUUUAAGGAUAUAAUCGAUACAUCGACACUCGGACGGCCGAAACAUCGAACGGGCAGGCAAAAAUAUAUAGCAAAAGAAAAUAUAAAAAAAAUGUAAUUGCUGAAUUCGAAUGGAUUGUAACGCUAAAGUUUUAAAAUAGGCAAUAGGCAUUAUGGAAUAAUAAGAAAAAAAAAUGUUAUUAAACAAGUAAGUCAAUAUAAGCAGCUUUUUAAAAUGAAAAAAAAAAAAAUAAAAGUAAUCGAUUUUUCGAAAAGGGAAAGAGGAAGCGUAACAGAGGGAAACGGGAAUGUGAAUGAGAGAUAUAGGAUGAGCGCGAGAGUUGAAAAAGGCGAGAAGGAGAGAACAAUAGGAAAAUUUUUCGCCCCCACAACCAAUACUCACAGACAAAAAGCACAAAAAAAGCUCAACCUGCGAUCAAUUGGCACUGAAAUUUUUGAACAUGAAAAAACAACUCUAUGUCGGCGAAAUAAACGAAACACGUGACAACAAAAACAACAAUGAAGCAACAAAUUUCAAAAAAACAAGGCGAAAAAAUCUUUUCUCUUUACGUUUUUUCUUUUGAAUAAUCGAACUACUACUUAGGUAAUCCUCAAUGUCCCUACCGUAAUUUUUUGGAAUUUGCAUUACACCUCCAUUUUUAUCCCCCUUUUCCUUUCUUUCUAACCUCCUUGAGCCUUGAACACAACCAGUUUCCCCAGCCAUAAUUAUGGAGAGAGAAAAAUUUACCCAAUUCCCUUAAUCCCCGUAUUUAUAUAAAGGCAUAAUAUUCGAGGAUAUGAUAAUAUUAAUAUUAACACAAUACAAUAAGGUUGAAUAUUCGCUAAUAUCAUAUUGAGUGGGUUUUUGUGAAAUGAAUAAUAUUCCAAUAUUAAACGAUUAAAAAAAUGUUAAAAAAAAUUCUGAUCUUUGUCCGAGAUAGAGAGAAAAAAAGUGAGAGCGAGAGAUUAAUUUUUAAUCGUGGAAUGAAAGCGAAGAUUGAAACAUCAGAACGAUGAGAGAGUGGAUAUUUAGUAGAAAAAUUUUUGAAACAACAAAUAAAUAAUGAGUUAAUCACGCGUAUGGAUAAUAAUGUAAUCGUGUAAGUAAACAAAAAUGCAUCAAAAAUUGAAUGUAACCCAUUGAGAAAAACAUCAAGUCAAUUGAUUUUCGUCGAAAUUUCAUUGUAUAAGGCACAUUAUAUCUAUCUAUGGUAUUUUUUAGAAAACAGAGACGGCGUGUGUCGAUGCUGCGAUGAAAGAGAUAUAAAGAAAGCGUUCGAUGUUUUUUUCGAGAUUUAUAUGGAAUGGAAAAGAAAGUGCGUGCAAAAGAAAGCGAAGAUUAUGUGGGCAAAGAGAGCGGGCGAGAGACUGUUUUUUUUCGACGUGAAAGUCACCACUUACCCCCGGAUAAUAAGGCAAUGAACAAUCAAAAUUCUUUUUUAUAGACGGAUGUUUGAUGAAUUCGGUCGAAAUUGAUAUAUUUAUAUAUUUUUAUACGUCAAAAUUUUAUAUAGAAGAAAUUAGCGUUGCUUUGUUAAAAUUAGAAAGAUAAAUGAAAAACAAAAAAAUUACAAAAAAUUACAAAAAAAAAUAACGAUAACCAAUUUGUGAUCGGCGAUAUGUGAUUUCGUGACUUUUGUAUCUGCGCUCAAAAUUGAAUAAAGGAACACACAUUACACAGAAAAGAAAGCUACAUGAUAUAUCUCCAUUUGUGAAAAGCAAGAAAAAUUAAAGGAAAAGUGGUCUUGGAAAGAUAAGAACGAUUUUCCGACUUGAUGUGCUGGCGUAUGAACGUACUGUACUGGCUUUGAUAUGGAUUUCGCUUUGAGUCUGAUUUGGAAAGGAUUGAGAAUGAGAGCUUCUGCGAGAGAAAGAGAGAAAGAGAGAGAGAGAGAGAGAGAGAGAGAGAGAGUGAGAGAGAAAUGGGGGGGGGGGCGAGAGGCGCCGAAUUGUCGUCGCUCGGAAAAUGCGCCCGAUGGCGGAGGCAGUUCACGGUGACACGAGACUUUAGACUGAUCUUGUAGGUGUACUAGCGUUAAACGUGAUCUUUUUUAAAUAAAGUAAACGAAAGGAAAAGAAAACGACGUUAUGAACGUGUAUAAAAUCUCUUUGAGGGGCCGCGGCCGCGUCGCGCGGCGUCGACGGAGUCGCUUACGCCCGUCGCUUUCUCGCUCUUUUCUUGUACAGCUUCGGGAAAUCGGCCAGAGCAACGAAAUUGCACUCCCCGCCCGCCGUUGCCGCCUCGCCGGACUCGCAGCCACAUCCGAGCCUCUCCCACUUGUUCUUGUUGUCACUCUUGUAUUUUUACCGUUUCUUUGACUUUGUUGAUUAGUUCUCGAAAAGACGAAAAAUUGACGGGGAGGCUCGCUCCGGGAACGGCGAUAUUCGGACACUCGCAGAACCGAGCAUCGAAAUUCGUAGAAAAUUGUUUUGGCAGUCGCGAGGCGCUCGUGGGAGAGGAGUGAGAAAGAUUCGGUGAUUUUUUUAUUGUUGACGCUUGAAGCACUCCGGCGCGCGUCGAUGCGCCAGACGCGGCGCACUCGCAUCUUUUUAUAUAUUUUUCUCUGUUUUUUCUAUAUUAAUAAUUAUUAAUUCUUUCUCUAGGGAAUAAAUAUAUUGAAUAAAUGUGUAAUGGUUAAAUGGUUAUACGCAGGCACUGUGCGCUGACUUAAGCCAUGAUCCAAGUUUUUUUUUUCGCGCGACUUUACUUCGCACACGAUAAACACCCAAACUUCACUCAUCAAUUUUCCCUUUUGUUCUUCCGACGAAACAGAUUUAUACGACAGACGCAUCCUCGGGAUAAUCUCACACUCACACAGAUUAGUCGGAAUUGGUUCUUUCAGUCUGACAAAUUUCUUUUGCGUUAUCGAUUUUGAGGGCGAUCAUCAGAGAAAACGGAUUGGAGAAAGAUGUUUCAAAACAGCCAGAUACAAAAUUUUGUUUGUAAAUGCACAGUGGAAAGUGAGAGCGAGAGAGAGAGAGAGAGAGAGAGAGAGAGAGAGGAAAUACACGGUUGGAAAGACUCUCCUUUUUUUUGUAAUUCGUGCGCUCGCGUGCGCGUGAACAUGGUUUAUUAUAUAUUUCGUGGGUCCCGUUGACACAAUUAUGAAUUCACGUUGAUAUUUUUUUUAGGCAUGCGAAAUGCGUGCGCUUUUUUUAAUUAUAUAUAAAUAUAUUAUAUAUUAUAUUCCUGCGGAUAUGCAUUUUUUUGUGAGGUGAUAUGUUAUUAUUUAGCGGUAUAUUAUUAGUGAUGAUUUAUAAACGAAGAGAGAGAAUAGAGCGCGCGAGGGAAUAUGAGUGAGUGCGAGAGAGUGUGAGUUACUUGAAAGUAAACAGACAAAUAAGCACUGAUUUGGAUUCUUAAGAUGCAGAGAAAAAAAUCUAACGAAUUAUCACGUACAGAGGAGUUACUUUAUUAUAACUCGAAAAGUAUAAAAAACGGAUCAGCGAAAUUGUGCGUUUAUUGUAAAUUUUGUAUCAUUUAUAACAUUAUAUUAUUAUGCGGCUUUUAUCAUUAAAACAGAUAUGCAAAUUGAAAGCAAGAAAAAAUGUUAAAAAAAAUUAUAAGAAGAUUUUUAACGACAGGUUAAUCGCAACAAAAUAUGUAGGCACGAUAUUAUAUUAUAUAGAGGAAAAUGAUGCAUUCGACGACGAAAGUGUAAUAAUCUAACUAAAGGCAUAGUUUUAAAUCGAAGGUUAAUGAAGAUAACAGAAAAAUCCGAUGUUUCGUAACAAUUGUAUAAUCGAGAGAGAGAGAGAGAGAAAGAGAGAGAGAAAGAGAGACAGAGAGACAGUUCCGCGCCACGCUCCGUGUCAGCUCCACCAAUUUAGUAUAUGAAUCCAAAAAGUGGAGAGAACGAUAGAACGAUGCAAAGAAUACGAGAGGGAAGGAUUUCAAACGAGGGAAGAAUGAUAACGAGCAGGAGACAGCGAAAUUUUACUUUGUUUUAUUAUUUUCCAUAUCGCGAUAAUCUAACCAGCAGUACAUUUCUUUUCAUCAUUGUUUCUUUAAUAAUUAUAUAUCCAAACAAAAGCGAAAGUACGAAAGAAAAGCAAGGAGAGCACACAAACACAUGGAAUAACACAGUGAACACGUUUGAAAGAAUAUAUAUACUCCGAAUGAAUUGAAUAUUUACACUCAAGCCCUCUUUUUUACAUGCGCAAUCGAUAACAAUAUUAUUAUAAUCUUAAUGUUUUCUUGCAGAAAUGAAUUAAAAAGCGACUUUGUAAUCUACUGUUUUUUUUUCUUUUUUUCUUUUGUAAACGGCAUUAUAAUCAGCUACCGAUUGCUUUGCUUUCCUUUCUUCUUUACUUUGUUUUUUUUUUUAUAAUUUUUCCGCAAUUUUAAAAUGUUGCCCCUCCCCCUAAUUUUAGUGUGAACGUAGUUAAACAUAAUAAUUAUAAACCAUGAAUUUGAGGAAAAAUAAAAUAAAACAGCGUUGAACAUAAUGGUUCCUUUUCGAGCUAGGAGCUUGAUUUAAAGUGUCAAAGAUUUUGUGUAUGACCAGAUGUAUUCUACAUGUCUCAAUAAACAGUUGU